UCAAAAAUUGCACCAUAUUGUCUGUUUAGUUUCUGGUUUCUGGUUCUUCUGCUUCUGAUUAUAUUAUUCUAUAACCCUAGCACCAGCAGUGUAUUGUAAUUGAAGUGAAGUGUAACAUUUCAUUGAUACAUUUUUACCAAGGUUUUUUGUUCAGGCUUUAGGCUGCAUAACUGAGACUACGCGAUUUGUUUGAUCUGUUAACAUUUUUGAGUGAUUUCAUAAUCUUAUCACUUGUUAAUUAAAAAACAUUUCAAACCCCUUUUGGGCUUACGAUUGUACAAGUUCUGUGUUGCAUCUUGGCAAUUUUUGAAAGUUAAGAUUGUACAGUUGGGCCUACAAAUCAAUUUUGAAAGAUCGCUAGUUCAGAUAGCUGGAUCAAAGCUAACUAAGCUACUAAGCUAAUAGUUAAGGUACAGUCUUCAAUGGAUUCAGACAGAAGUCAGGGAAGUGUCUUGGUUUGCAGUCCAAGCUCAAGUUUAAUGAAUCCUGGACUAUGCUUUACUCCAACCACGUCUACUGCAGUUUCCAACUCCAACGGAGAUCCUGAAAGUAUGGAAAAACCAAAAAAGAAGAGGCCCAGGGCCAGGCAAAGGAACAUGAAUAAAGCUGUGAACUGUGACAUAACAACAGGACCAAACUUUAAUGGCAUUCUAGCCAAAGCAGAGAAAGAACUUGCUGAUUUAGUUGAUGAUAUGAAAAGAUGUUCUUUAACACAAGAAAAUCGGAAGCCGAAAAAAUCUAGGAAUAGAAAAAAACAAGUUGGCGACAAAGACACAAAAGAUGCUGAAGCAAGGCCAUGUGAUGAUGUUGGAACAGAAGUUAAGAGACCUUCAACAGACGUAAACGUCCCGCACAAUGUUCUUAGUCCCUCUUAUGGAAUAGACGUCACAGACAAUGUUCCCAGUUCCAAAAAAGGCCCUAAAACGCCAAAAAAUAGCUAUACGCCUAGAUCACCAAAAUCGAAUGAACAGUUUUUCCAAGACCACAAAAAAUCAGCCCGGAAGAAGAAACCUCCCAGCGAAAAUAAGAAGCAAGAUGUUUUUGAAGACUAUUUGUCCCCGAUUGAAAUCGAGGAAGGACUGAGAAACAAAACCAUGAUUACUGGCAGCAUCAGAAUCAACGCCAAAUGCUUCAGAGAUGCAUACGUUUCCGAGGGAGAAGAAAAAGAUAUCAUUAUCGAAGGGUUGAAAAACAGGAAUCGAGCGUUAGAAGGAGAUGAAGUUGUUGUUCUUCUGAAUCCACCGGAAAACUGGAAGGUCAAUCCUGAACAGCGUACUGGAAAAGUUGUUCUCAUCAAGGAAGAGUUCCACUCUCGCACGACUGUCGGCAAGCUACAGUCUACUAUUGAACCUAACAGCAGCUACGUAGUGUUUUCGCCCCGAGACUCCAGAGUGCCCAGAAUCAAGAUACCGCUGAGCGACCCCUCGCUCCCCGCAGGCUACAAACACAGCCCUGGGGCGUACACAGACACUAUCUUUACGGCGCAGAUCACGGCGUGGACUAACGUCAACAUUGCAGAAGGAAAAAUCCUCAAGGAGGUUGGUAAAAGUGGAGAUGUAGAAGCGGAAACCAUGGCUAUACUGUUGGAAAACAAUUUGGACCCAACCCCCCACGAUCCAAUACUGAACAUUUUCUUCCCGAGACUACCCUACACAAUACCAGACGAAGAAAUUGCAAAACGUGAUGACCUCAGGAAAGAGUGCAUUUUCACCAUAGACCCGGCGACAGCUAAGGAUCUUGACGAUGCAGUUUCUGCUAAGAAGCUGGAAAAUGGUAAUUUCGAAGUUGGAGUUCACAUUUCCGAUGUCAGUCACUUUUUACAGCCCAAGACGAUGUUGGACCACAAAGUGAGCAAGAGAGCUACGACUAUAUAUCUAGUCCAGAGGGUUUACCACAUGUUGCCAUUAGAGCUGUGUCAACUGUGUUCGCUCACGUCUGGUGAAGAUAAACUGGCGUUCUCCGUCUUUGUGGAGCUCACUCCAGACGCUCAAGUCGUCACUCACCGGUUCGCUCGCUCAGUUAUCCAUUCUUGCACCAAGUUAGCGUACGAGCAUGCUCAGAUGGUGAUUGAUGAUCUAGACAAGACCUUUACGGCUGAAGAUUUUCCGGAAGUGAGCAACGGAUUCACUGCAGAAGACUGUGCAGAAAGGAUCCGUAUUCUGUACAAACUGUCGCAGAUCAUGCGUAAACGCAGAUUUGACUCAGGAGCUCUGCGUAUCGACCAACCUAAGCUGUGUUUUCAUCUAGACGCAGAAACGCAAACACCUCUAAGCAGUUUUAUAUAUCAGAAUAAAGAGUCGCAUAGGUUGAUUGAAGAAUUCAUGUUGUUAGCCAACAUGACAGUAGCGGAACACAUAUACACAGCGUAUCCUGACCUGGCUUUCCUCCGCCAUCACUUACCUCCUAAACUAAACAUGAUGUUGGAACUGCAGAAAAGGUUGGAGACGUAUGGCAUUCACCUGGAUAUAUCUGAUGCCGGGACGCUACACUCGUCCAUGCUGAAGUACGGCUCGCCUGUGGAGGGAGAAGACGAGACGAUCAGCUGGGCGAGGUACAUCGUACUCAAUCAGAUGUGUGCCAAGCCUAUGCUGAGAGCGAACUACUUUUGCCCGUCCAAGGAGAUACCAGAGUUGCACCACUACGCUCUCAACGCUCCGUACUACACUCACUUCACCUCGCCGAUACGUCGCUACGCGGACGUGAUGGUUCACAGACUAUUGGCCGCAUCGUUAGAGCUCACGCCUCCGCCUACUUGGUCUCAUCUGGAUAGUAAGAGAAUCGCCACGAUCUGCAACCGACAGAAGCUGGCGGCCAAGGUGGCUGGUGAUCAGAGCUCCCUGCUGUUUCUGGCCCUGUACCUGCGGGAACCUGUCGAGAGUCUGGCGGCUGUCAUCGACGUCAAGGAUAGAUCAGCUGAUGUCAUCGUCAGAGACUUCGGGAUUGUGUUGCGAGUCUACACUGAUCCAUUAAAUGCCGAGAUUGAACAUGUGAGUGAAGCCAACAAGUCCCAAUUGUACAUACGAUGGGAGGGGAUAGAAAAAGUACAACUGAUUCAGCUUUUCAGCGUCGUCCGAGUUUUGGUGUCACGAGAUAAAAACGGACUCAAGCUGGCAGCUACUCUACUGCCUUCUGUUUAAAUCUUUGACGAUUUUGAUUUUGAUUAAUCCUAGUUGAUUUGUACAGAUUUCAAAGCUGUAAAUAUCCUAUGGAUAUUUGAAUAAUCAGAUAAAAUACGGUAGGUUAUGGUUUGUUUUUGUUUUCAUAGAGUGAACAUUUAUUUGAAAAAUUAGGGAAGUUUAAGUUUUUGUGUACUUAAAUUUACCAAAAUUGUAGAAUGAGGAUAGUAUCAUAGUAUCAUAUAAUCAUAGAUUUAAUAUAAUCAUUUUAUGAUUUCACAACCUCUAGAAUUAGUUUAGUAUAUCUGGCAUACUCUUGCCCACACUAUUAUUUUAUUUUGUAGAUGUGUAAAAAGUCGUAGUUCCACUUGUAAUAGUGUCUCUUUUAAGAGUGAUCCUAUAUUUAUUUAUUUAAUCCAAGCUAAAUGCUUUUUCCUAAAAACAUAACCUUUUAAGAGUGAUAGUAUUUGUUUAUGAUGGUGUGUUUUAUUUUAAAUUUCUUAAACCAUAUUUUUUUACGACAACUGCUUUCACUGUAACUAAGUAGAUUUGUAAAUAUUAAAAAUUGUAUAUCUUCUCUCUAUAAUUACGAGAUUUUAACUGUAGGUGUGCAUUGUUUUAUUUGUACAAAGAGACUUUAGUUUUGUUUCCAAAAGUUUGGAAUUAUGUAGUAGUCACUCACUCAUCUUUACUAAUGUAGUGGGCUAUUUGCAAGUGUUGUAGGCAGUGCUCGAUUUGUGGGGGAACGCGGCAGAACAGAGGGUUCCGGUACCUCUCUUUCGGAAAGAUAAAAAUACUACUACUAACCACAUUAAAUAGGUUACUGUUCUGGCACCUCAUUUUUUACAAAUUGAGCACUUGGCUGUAGGUGUUAAAAUGUAAAGUUUUAAAUUUUCUUCUUUAUUUGCAAAAUAUAGAAUUUUUUUAUUUAUUGAUCCUCACGAGCAAGUCAUGGCUUACUCGUUUCAAUGGGCGUUUACCUUGUGUUUUGUAUUUUUCAAUGAAAAAUACAAAACAUGCUGCAAAAGUGCAAAGUAUUAUACUGUAUCUUAUCUUGCUAGUUUAGGUUUUAAACAUUGUCAAUUCCAAGGUAAUUUCUGUAAAAAAGUAUUUGAUCAUUUUACUGUAAAUAAUGUAGUGAAAAUGUGCAGUGCAGAUUUUCAUUUGAGAAUUAUAAUUAACUAUAAAGAUAUCUUAGAUUGUACAUUGACAUCCUGUAUAUUAUAAAAGGUUACAAUGUAAUUAUAUGAAGUUUUUUUGGUGAAGAUUGUUUUAGGCCUGUGGUUUUUUAAACGAUUGUGUAGUGGAUAGGUUUAUCAACAAGCUUACCUUGAUUAGGAAAAUGCAUAUAACACAUAAAUGGAUAGAAUUUUCAGAGCUACUGGCUCCUUCAGUAAAAGUUUUGGUUUUCUUAGUUCAUAGUUUUGUGGUUAAAUGAAAACCAAGCCUCUACUACUGAAGGAGCUGGUCACUCUGAAAAUUCUAUGUGUUUAUUUGGUAAGCCUGCUGUUAAACCUAUCCAUAACAAAAUUCAUGAAUUUAUAAAAUACAUGAUCAAUGAAUAUGUAACUCCUUGGUACAGUAAUUUUAAGAUUUACAUACAAUUAUGUCUUCUUGAAUUAUAUUCCUCCUUCAUAUCUCAAUAAGGUUGUGGUUUAAGUACUUGUAGAAAAUGCUCAAACUUAUUGUAAAUAUGUAUAAAGUGUAAAACUGA